AUGACACCACUUAUCGAAGACGGCGAUACUGUUGUCAAGGCGUGCACGUUGAACGUUAUGAGCACUUGUCCCCCUUCGGCCUCGUGCGUUCGUUCAACGACAAAUCAACCAAUUUGUUGCCAGACAGUUACGUCUUGUCCAGACAACCGUAUACCCUACGUGAUUCCAGGUUCUACCUCUGUUGUAGCUUGCAAUGUAGAUGCAGAUGAAUGCCCAAGUGGAAAUUCUUGUGUCGAGUCAAGCUCCGUUCCUGGAUUCCAUAUGUGUUGCUCAACAACCGGCUCCGUAAGCCGCCGUCCGAAUGGCUUCGGUAGUGCAAGGAAGGAACCGAACACUCUUGCAGCGCUCAUCAGAAGGUACGCUCCAAGUUCCACUGUGAUCGCGUUCGUACUUUAUAAAUUUGAAUUUGCGCAGUUUUCAUGA